AUGGGUCCCGGACAAGACUUUAACAUGGACGACUACGUAUUCCAGUCAGAGGGAGACCCUGAUUACUUUUAUUUGGACGGAGAGUCCAACUUUACCACGGGGUUCCAGGAGGUACCAUUGGUUCCCCAAUUUCAUUUUACGGAGGAUAUCAACUCCGGUAUUAUGGCCCAGGAAGUGCCAUUGGAUCUUCCUUUCAGUUCCAACGAAGGGCCCAACCCUACUAUUGGGUUCCAGGAAGGACCAUGGGCUACCCACGCCACUUUUGGUCAAGGGCCCAGCCCCAACGUUACGCCUCAGGAGGCGUUUACUCCUGACUAUAUGGGAAUGAAUGUCAACUUCCCUACUACCUACAUAGGACAGGAUGCCAUACCUGCUCCUAUGCCCGCCCCUGAUACGUUCCAACAAAGGAACGGUAUCCCCUCUCCUCCCAUGACACAGGGAGCCGCCUCCACCACCACCACCGCCACCACCUCUUCCACCGGUCCAUCACCUCCUACACAGACCGCUACACCUCCAGCCGAGGCGCCAAGGCAGAGGAAUAACCCAGGCCCCCGAGGUUAUAAGCGGUCCGGCAAGGCUUGCACGCGGUGCCGGAAAAACAAACUGAGGUGCGACGACAACCCUCAGGGAUGUGCAAACUGUGCUGCCUCUGGAUGCACAUGCAUGGCUUCCACUGCCAGUGGAGAAGUGCCACGAGUGCAUGCGCAUAAUACCGACAACCUAGUGCAGGUAUUACACAGGCACAUGGUGGCACUCGAAGCCUAUAUUCAGGCUCAUGGUGGAGUUGCCCCGGAGAGGCCAGACGAGUUGAAACAGUGGUAA